GCCACCGCAGCGGUUCCGUGUUCGAAACCUGCAGAAGACGAGAGUUAACUGUCUGUGUCUGACAGCAUCAGGAUAAUAAAAGAAAGAAGAAAACUGCGUAUCUCUGCAGAAAGCCAAAAUGACAGAUAGGAGACCGUGCAGAGUGUGCAACUUUACGCGACAGAAAUCAUACGGGCUGGUCGUUCCUUCUUUAGAUGAGCUGAAGAUAAAGGGAUCUGAGUUUCUUGGAUUCAGCUCUGAUGAGGAGCUCACAGUGGUCCUAGAGGAUGAUGGGACGAUAGUAGCGGAUCAAGCCUACUUUUUAUGUUUACCUUUAAACACAAAGUUCAUGCUGUUGCAUGAAAAAGAGACGUGGUCCCCAGCUCGCAGGAUGGAUGGUGGUACAGCCUGGAUGGCCAGGGACUCUAUGGUGCUUGGGAACGAUGUUUUGGACGCCUCCAGUGCUGCAGCACCCUGGUGGCAUCUGUCUCAGCAGCUGAAGCAGGACCUUACCAGCAUCAUCCUCAUGUCUGAGGAAGACUUACAGACUUUAGUGGAUGCCCCGUGCCCUGAGCUAGCGUCUGCUCUGGGCUUCCAAGAGAAGAAGGCCGAGGACCUGCAGGAAACAAUGCAGAGAGUUUUGGACCGACGAGAGGAGGAGAGGCAGUCCAAGGAGUUGCUCCAGCUCUACCUGAAAGCUGCGGAGAAAGAGGACGGACAGCAGGAAGAGCCAGGUCAGCCCAGUCAGGAAGGGGCUGGAGACGUGGAGGUGGAUGGGAUGGAGGUGGACUCUGCGUGUGGAUUCACGUCCAGGACACUGAUGGUCCUGAAGGGCAAAACAAACCCAGAGACCAGACUCUCCACUGAGGAUCUGCAGAUGGUAGUGAGCAAAGGGGUGGAAGCUAUGGAGCAGGUGCUGGGCUGGGACAGAACAAGGAUGUCCCAGCUGCUGCAGGCCUGCGAGGCUGAGCUCAACGGACGUCUCCAGCAGGUUCAGGCCGUGCAGUCCAUCAGGAACACCACGCAGCUGGACAGCAGCCAGCAGUCCAGUGAGCAGAGUGCAGAGGAAGGUGUAGAAACACCAGCCCAAGGCAGUGACUAGGCUGUGGCUUCACCUGAGCAGAGACUGAUAAGAAUUCAUACUACCUGCCUCAGGGUCAGAAGAAUGGGAUUUAACUUGUGUUACUGAUAUAAUAUCCAAAAUGCUGGAAUCCAUGAAUGUUAAUGAUGUUGACGUUUCAUAAAACUGGCAAAUCACUUGAAUGCUUUUGCCUCAAGAGGAGGCAAAGUCAUUUGCACAGGUCAUGUUUAUCAAAGACACGCGUGCGUCAACAACUGGAAUCAACUCCCUAUUUGCUCCUUAUUUUGAUGAGCGCCAUGCUGUGAAAGUAAUCACAGAUAAACAUAUUCAUGUGAAACUUAAAGCAAAACAUUUUGGGAAAUAUGCUCAUAUGCUUACUUGUCGUGAGUUAGAUCAAAAAAGGGAUACCACUCAUGUGUGUUAGCCAGCUUUGCUUAAAUACUGGAAACAGGGACUCUGGCUCUGUCCAAAGAUACAAAAUCUGUCUUCCAGUAACUGUUAUAUUCCUGUAGUCUCUGCUGGUUGCCUGGAAAUCUCACUGCAAUAACGAGACUCCAGGAAGCAACUGCAUGCAGCCAAGAAAUAGUCCUGCGUAUAACCCCCCGUAAACAACUUGUCGCUUUUGCACUUCAGUGGUACGAAUAAACAAAUUAGCUAUAACAUAUUAUGGGGGGACCUUUUAUGCUUUUUCUUAUUUUCUGUUGUAUAUAUAAUGUUACAUUGUUGGAUAAUUAUAUCAAAUAUGGUUUAAAAUAAUGAGGUAAACGUAUGUAAAAGUAAUCCCUGUGAGCAAAAACCUCAGGCUUCAGACCAUUCUGAUUACUCUUUAUUGUUUUUGUGUAUGUAUUUUGUUCGCAUUUUCAUUAUGUAGCCCACAUUGCUACAUAUAGCUACAUGUUAGCUUCAGGGAAACAAGUGAUCGUGGUUAUCAAUGCUGUUAUUUUUUUUUUCUUCCAAUUUUGCAGGAACAUGUCCAGUUUAAGAUUUAGGUUUAGACGCUUUAUUUGUAAUUGUUUCUCAUAGCAGUAAGCACAUUUUACUCUGCUUCAGGCAGCAGUGAUGAUGAAGAGACUCUGAGAUACGGAGGACUUGUAAAUGCUGACCAAUCAGAGCAAGGCUUGAUUAGCUGUUUCCCCUUAUUCGUAGUCUCAGUGCUAAACUAUGCUUAUGCUAGCUUUGUAUUUAGCUGUUAGGCACGUGAGUGGUGUCUUCUCAUCUAACUCUUAGAAAGAAAGCAAAUUAGCAUGAUUCUCAAAUUGAGGAAUUACUGUUUUAAGGUUUUAUCUAAACUCACUAUUGAAUCAACUUUCCAGAUUUAUUGUUUACAUUCUGCUGCCACUUAAACACUGCCAAUUCAGACCGAAGAUGUGCACUGCAAUUUUUUUUUAGAACCUUUGACUAAAAGUAGUAAUUUCACUACCUAAAGACACUUUGGAUCUCCAGCAUAUGGCGAGUGACAAAAUAUAUUAUUUUGUGUCUGUUGGAACAAAUUGUACAUGUGCUAUCGCUGAAAUCAUCUACACUUUGAGUAUAGGGAAUCUCUAGGGAAGUUUAGAGUAGCAAUGUGAUCGUAUUUGAAUCAGCUGGCAGCUAGCCCAACCCUGUGCCUCCCAACAUCCUCCUGUCUUUCCUACUGACUCCUGCAAAAACGGACAAUUGUUAUGUUCUCACUAAAAUUUAGAGCUGGGUAUAGUCUAAAAAAUACAAUACCGGUACCCUUUAAAUGAUACUGAUACUAGUAGAGUGCUUCAUGUGAUACAUUAUUUUUACUACUUAGUGCAAUACCCAUCGUGUGAAAGGAGGCAUUCAGUUGCGUAAAAUGCUGCCAGAUAUCAUUGGCAUGUAAUACAGCAAUACUGUCGAACAUUUUGUGGCACCUAGGCACACUGAACUGCCAACUCUGUCAAAUACACCUCACUCGACUUCACCACAACACAGACUGUAUGGAUUGGAGGUGCUGCAGUAGUGCGGCAGUCACACUAAUCUUGAAUAAUACACAGUGAUUGGCUGCGGGCAAAACUUUACCAAUAGUUAUUUUUUUCUACAUCUGUAUUCAGCGCAGGUAUUGUUUGACUGGAGAGGUUACGAUACUACUUGGUACUGGUUUAUUUAUACCUUAAAGGUAUCUCGUACCAAAACUUAGCACUGCUAAACUUCCAUUCCAACUUUUUGUCAGGUUUUAAGGGCACUAGUGGACUCCUAGAAUCAAACACUGUCUAGCUUUUGUACAUAAACACUUAACACCUAAAUGUGGCAUUUUCCUUUCCAUGUUGUACAACAGUCUUUAUGUAUGUACAUGUAUGUUGUAAAAUGUAAUCAUUAACUGAUGUAUGACAUUUAAAGAAUCUCUACAUGCAUAGAGCUGCAACUCAUGAUUAUUCUAAGUGUCAAUUAAAUCUGUUUUUUCUGGAUCA